GGACCAGUGAAGGGCCAGCCUGGGCUCUCCCCAGAGAACAGAGGAGCAGGUGAGACCCUUAGCAGCUCUGCGUCUUGAGCAGGAAUGCUUCAGCCCACCUGUGUAAGUAUUUACUUGUGCUUUCCUUCAGGAGUUUCUGACAACAGACAAAUUAAUUGGAAAGUAGCAUUUUUUUAAUUAUUUCAACCAAGAUACAAGUGAUACAGAAUGAAGAUAAGAAACUGGUUCCACAGGUAUUCCUUUGCUUAAGUUCUUUUUUGCAUUUGCAGCUUGAGUGUGUCUGGAUUGGUUUAUCAACUUUUACACUUGAGAGGCAUUAAGCCUCUGUAAUCUUGCCUCAUCCUCCUUGUUUUGAAGUUAAAAGUAUUUCUGGUCUCAGACCUUUAGACUUCUAAGUAUCUCACCAUUAACAUAUCAGCAUACUUGGGACUAUGUGUCUGGGUUUGGCUGCUUUCUAUAAUUGUCUUAGCUUUCCUUUUCUGUUACAGUCUCCUUAGACACAAAUACAAAUGUAAGCAAAGAAACAAUUGCAUAUAUUGAUGAAAAUGUUUGUACUUACAUUGAUUCUGAAGGUAAAGGAUGCAUUUAAAUUACCUACAGUGAAUUGUUGUAGUUGCUACGUUAUGUGAGGGAUUGGGGUGCUUCAUUUCUUGGAGUUCGGUGUGAAAUACAGUUAAGAUUCUGUUUGUGCUUUAUUCUGUGAUGUCUGGAAUAUAUGUUUUAUUAUUAUCUGUAGAAGGAUACCUCUUUUUCUGAAGCUGAGAAAAACAAAUUAUGUGCCAAGUUUCCUUGCUUUUUCUUGAUUAAAAUCCAGUUUCAGUUCUUACUGUGAUCUCCAUGGUUGUUUUUGGUCCGAUGUGUAGGUCCUAGUAGCUGAUGCUGGAAAUAUGAGCACUGUCUGCUCUCAACUGUAAGCAGAAAAUAUACUUCCAGCAUUUCAACAAGUGAAAUGGUUUUUAGGGAAAGCUUUCUCUAUUUGUUGGACUGAGAAGUAACAUUCUGGGAAACCUGCUCAUUUUGAAGUCUCCAAAACCUUCUGCAUUGACAUUUCUAGGUCCUGGCUUUUGAUCUCUCAAACCCUGCAACAAGACACGUGGAAAUGCUUGUAUUACUUAGUGGCUGAAUUUGAGCUAACAGCCUUGUACCCUAAAAGGCAGUUAAAAGCCAAUUCUAAUGCUGUUUGAGUUUCUCUUCCAGGUAGAUUUGAUCUAGUACCUCUGCCGUGAGAUAGGUGGAUUUCGUACAGUACUCAGGAAGGAGAAAGAUAGUUUUCAAUACUAUUGCAUGCCUUAAAGUCUUGUGUGUGCUGCAGCAUUGCUUGAGGUUUUCUUGUAAAUGGCACCAACUAGGGAAGCCCUAUGGGCAGUUUAUUUUUAAACUGGCUUGGUUUGCUGGCAUUGCUGGCACUCUUAGGCGUACAGAUGGAGUUACAGUAACAGUGAAGAUGAAGAGGCUGAGCUUGCUUCUCUUCCUGUUAGAGCUGUACUUCUGAGUAAGCUUGGUGCACCUCUGUAAGGCUUCAUUUUUCACUUUUCCUCGUUUCUCUUAUGUUCAUUAACAGUGAUUACAAUGAGUUUUCAGUAAAUUUGUUUCACUGUUGCAGCCAAAUCCUUGGCUGUAGCUAUGAUGUGAGUUACCUUAGUAUCCUUUCUGUAGUGUUCCUUGUGCCCCUUACAUCUGUGUAGAUGAAAAUGCUGUCGUCAUUGCCUGUGUGUUUGUUCCUUGUUAAGGUAUUCAUGUUUGUGUCUCAGAAGUAUUAGCGCAGAGAUUAUUUGAAGGGGAAGCCUAACAGAAGAUCUUCCUUUAGUCUGCUUGACUUAGUGGUGAGUUCUAACAGCGUUCCCAUGGUAGUGAACGCAUUUUCUUUAAUACACAUUAGUCAGAUCUUGAUAUUGUCAUCUCUGUAAUGCAGCAUGUUGACUGUAUUAUACGCUAUACCUGACUUACCUCAGAUGUGUGUGAGCAAAAAAAAAAAAAAAAAAAAAAGCCAAAGCAUUCUAAUGGUUUUCUGUGUAUACGAACAGAACUGUCUUUCUGCUGUAUGGAUUGAGAAAGCUACGUGAACCUGAGUCACUGUCUCUUUCCUGUGCUGUAGCCCCAUAUUAAAUUGUUUUAACUUCUAGUUUAGGAGUAGGAGGCAGUUUGAGCCCAACGUGUCAUGGUAAAUGAGUGAUACCUGAUGGGGUUAUCAUUGUUUAGAGAACAUCUCUACAAUCCUCCAUUGCAGGAAUGUGUGCAGCUGUGAGGGAGCCACAGUAAAGUCAAUCAAAUGAAUAUAGCUCUGGGUCCAUAUUGUCAUAGCCACUCUUGGUAUCCAGGGCACACCAGAGGGCUGAGGUGCUGUCCUGGAAUCCCUGAGUUCAGCUGCAGGCUGAUGGGGGCAUACACCGUGCUCAGACAUGGUACGAGCUUACAGGCGGCCUCUACUUCGUGUACAGCAGCUUCCUUGGCUUAUCUUAAUCACAUUGGAAAGACUUGCUGAGCUACUAUACUGAACAGCUCAUGAAGGGGAAAAAUACUAAUUAGAUCUGUCUUUCAGAUUAGAGACCAAAUUCAGGAAAAUAGUCUUUUAGUCUCUUUAGCCAGAAUUCCUCAGAUCCCCUCCUAGAUCAAAGGUAAAGCUGUACUGGGAUGAGAGGUGUGACUGCAAUUUGUGUAGACAAAUGUAUGCAGGCUACCUUUAAACCAGUUAGCUGAGUAUAGCUGUGUAAGCCGGUGGCACAGUAGGAUACCCACACACAGAAAGCAUUUAUUUUCCUUUUAUUCUCACUGCUUAAACAUUCAUGGUGUCACACAGCGCUCUUUAAUUGUAGUUCCUAAAGGGAACGAAGCUGCUGCUUUGUGGAGAGCAUUUCUUAGGAGUCCACUUUGCCUCUGUGAAGCCUUAGAGAGGCAGAAUUUACAAGUUCAGAUCUGAGUGUUUGCCAGGAGGUGAGGAUGGCAGUGCCCCACACCUGCGUUUCCAGUGGUGCUGUCACAUGGUCCCCUGUGGUUUGGAGCUGUGAGUUCCUGUUUCGGUUUGUAUCUGUAGCAGAAGGGGGGUGAAACUCUUUGAUACAUUCCAGUUAAACAAAUGGCAGGCAGUGCUAACCAACUUUUCUCUUUUUCAAUUUGUUUCUGUAUUUAAUGUGGUUUGGUCAUUUUCAUGUAUUACAGGAACAGGUGAAGGUUCUUUCAUUCAUUAGGCCCUGUUUUGUAAAAUGCCUAUACAAAUAGGCUAAAAGUGCCUUCAAACAGAGGCUCCGACUUUGGGUAUUCAUUGGAAUAAAUUUAAAUCAGUCAUCCUUUAUAAAAUAAUCAAACAUUUUUCCUUACAUAUGUAAUUUACACUAUUAGACUAAAAUGAAAUUUGUGGCUUUCAGUAAAACUUGUAGAUCCAGAAUUUGUCUGUGCUCCAGGUUGGUGCUUUGCUCUUAAGAAGGCAGCGUUGGCUCGAAUGGCCUUCACUAAUCACAAGAUGCGGGUCUUAUAAGAAGAUAUAGGAACCAUUUCUCAAGCUGAAGACAAAGUAAAAAAAGACUGUAUCAUGUGUUAAAAUACCGAAGGGUGAAAUUUCUUGGAUUAGUAUAUUUCUGGAUUGCAAAGGAAGGGAAAGAAGAGACUGAAAAUGGGGAGAAAGAAAAUACAGAUCACGAGAAUAAUGGACGAACGGAACAGACAGGUCACCUUUACGAAGAGGAAGUUUGGAUUAAUGAAGAAGGCGUAUGAGUUGAGUGUACUCUGUGACUGUGAAAUAGCACUCAUCAUUUUUAACAGCUCUAACAAACUCUUUCAGUAUGCCAGCACUGAUAUGGACAAAGUUCUACUAAAAUACACAGAAUACAACGAGCCCCAUGAAAGCAGAACCAACUCAGAUAUCGUUGAGACCUUAAGAAAGAAAGGCCUUAAUGGUUGUGAGAGCCCUGAUGCUGACGAUUACUUUGAGCACAGUCCACUAUCGGAGGACAGAUUCAGCAAACUAAAUGAAGAUAGUGAUUUUAUUUUCAAGCGAGGCCCUGCUCUGAACAAGAAGGAACACAGAGGGUGCGACAGCCCGGACCCUGACACUUCAUAUGUGCUCACGCCACAUACAGAAGAAAAAUAUAAAAAAAUUAAUGAAGAGUUUGAUAAUAUGAUGCGGAAUCAUAAAAUCGCAGUGAGUACUAAACCUGGCUUGCCUGCUCAGAACUUCUCCAUGUCGGUUACGGUUCCAGUGUCCAACCCCAACACUUUAACCUACAGUAACCCAGGGAGUUCCCUCGUAUCCCCAUCACUGGCAGCCAGCUCAUCGUUAACAGACACGACCAUGCUCUCCCCACCUCAGACCACCCUGCAUCGGAACGUAUCACCUGGGGCCCCGCAGAGACCACCAAGUACUGGCAAUGCUGGUGGAAUGCUGGGGACAACUGACCUCACAGUGCCAAAUGGAGCUGGUACCAGUCCAGUUGGAAAUGGGUUUGUGAAUUCUCGAGCUUCACCAAGCCUGCUCGGCACUGCUGGCGGUGGGAAUGGCUUAGGCAAAGUCAUGCCUACAAAGUCUCCACCUCCACCUGGAGGAGGUAAUCUUGGAAUGAACAAUCGCAAACCGGACCUCCGUGUUGUCAUCCCACCCUCCAGCAAGGGUAUGAUGCCACCACUGACGGAGGAGGAUGAAUUGGAGUUGAAUACCCAAAGGAUAAGUAGUUCUCAGUCCACGCAGCCCCUCGCUACCCCCGUGGUGUCUGUGACAACUCCCAGCUUGCCGCCGCAGGGACUCGUGUACUCGGCCAUGCCCACUGCCUACAACACUGAUUACUCCUUGACUAGUGCAGACCUGUCUGCCUUGCAGGGAUUCAACUCCCCAGGAAUGCUGUCUUUAGGGCAGGUAUCUGCCUGGCAGCAGCACCAUCUCGGUCCAGCAACCCUCAGCUCUCUCGUUUCUGGCAGCCAGCUAUCUCAGGGUUCAAAUUUAUCCAUUAACACCAACCAAAACAUCAACAUAAAAUCGGAACCGAUUUCACCUCCCCGGGACCGCGUAACUCCCUCCGGGUUCCCGCAGCAGCAGCCCCCGCAGCAGCCGCAGCCCCCACAGCCCCCGCAGCAGCCGCCGCAGCGCCAGGAGAUGGGCCGCUCUCCCGUUGACAGCCUCAGCAGCUCCAGCAGCUCCUACGACGGCAGCGACCGGGAGGACCCUCGGAGCGAUUUCCACUCUCCUGUGGUGCUGGGAAGGCCGCCCAAUUCAGAAGAUAGGGAGAGUCCGUCAGUAAAACGAAUGAGGAUGGACACGUGGGUGACAUAAGCUUGCGGUGUUGCCUCUUCAGUUUUGUGUUCUCAAAAUGAACUGUCCUGACAUAUCUAAAUUUAUAAAUAAGGACAUGAAAUAAGUAUAUUUAUAUGUAUAUACAUACGUGCAUAUAUAUAUCUUCACAUGCAUAUAUAUGUGCUAGUGUGUGUAGCAUACACAGAAUCAUCAGGCACUUAUUACAAACUUCUUGUAUAGCUGCAGAUGUCCCAUGGUAAAACGUAACAGAACAAUCCUAUAGGUAUUGAUCUAGUCUGGCACUUACCUGGACUUGUUGUUUUAAUAAUAUAACCUGUUUUGCAAAGAAACAUUGUACCCGUAUUAUAAUCCUACCACACUAGAUUGCAGAAACCAAGAGGGCUCGCCUGUAGUAACGUCCCUGUGUGUUUUAUUAAAGCUGUAUGGUUACUUGUAGUUAAGAAAUAAUGCUUUGUAGCAGCAGAGCAGUAGAAAAGCAGGAAGAAGAAAGCAAUACUGUACAUAAAAUGACCUUUAUAUUACCCCACCUGGCAUGGGUCUCUAUUGCAGAGGGUGCAUGGAGAAGGGCUGAUGCUAGAGAAAAUAAAAAACAAAAACCCUGUUUUGCACGUGCAAAAAAAAAUAAAAAUAGUGUAUUGGGUCAAAGAAGUGAUUUUUUUAACGAGUGAGAGAGAGACAUAGAGAACUCGCAUGGAAUAUUCAGAAAAUAUUAGCCUAGAAAAUAGAACGUUAACAAAAUAAAAUUAAUAUAUUAAGUUAUAAUUGGAAUAUGUUUGACAAAUUUGUUUUUACGUUCCUACCUUUGAAAAAUAUAGAAACGGAUUUUAGCUCAUGUAUAUUUUAUAUUAAAGAAAACAAUACCCUAAUGAAUUGAAGACUAUAUAUAAAGUUAUAUACAGUACUUUUGAACACAUUCUGCUAUGAAUUAUUUAUAUAAGCCAAAGCUGUAUGUUGUAGCUUUUUUGUAGAGUAUAGUUUUAUCUUAUUUUGACUUUCUAGUUUUUGCUUUCAAAGAUGAAAAGGAAAAACUUGCAGGCGGAACCUUGGGGGAAAAAUAAGCCAUGAACACUUAUAUGUAAAUUUAAAUUUGAGCCAAACUCUUUGUGUAUAUAGCAUCUUAAAUAUAUUAUCACCUUUGGUGUAAGUACCUAUGUAUUGUACGUUCACCAGAUUAAAAAGUAUAUUUUUGUGGAUUGACGCCGACUUGAGAAAGGCGAGGUCCUUAUUAAGUAGAGUAUUCACUGUUUAAUAUUUACUAUUUUGUUAAAUAUACUGUACUUUCUUUGGAUUUUAAUUAUUAUUAAUAUUAUUAUCCAGAUUUUUCAGAGGGUGUAUAAAGGGGUUGUCCCCCUCACUGGUGGUGAAUGUGUGCCGUUAAAUUGUAAUCUCUGUGCUGUAUGGUUAAGCUUCAUUAUACAUUUUAUAUAUAUGUAUAUAAAUAGCAAAGUGGCAAAAAAAAAUCCGGCGUUAAGUUCAUCCUGCAUAAAUAUACAAAAUCUGCUACAACACAUUUUAAGGCAUCGUUUUAAAACUGCCUCUUCUGAGGAGGAAAAAAAAAAAAUCAGUGGAAAAAGCUUGACCUAAUUUCUCCUGAUAGGGAAAUAACACAUAUCAGAUGAGCACAAAGGGUUUCUGAAGUGGUAAGUGGUUUGGGAUAAAGCUGCAGCUUCAGAAGGAAACGUGCAGCGCCUCUUCUGAGCGUCUCCCUGAGGCAGAGCAGGGCCAAGGCUCGCUCUGCAUGGAGCUGUGGGAAGGGGAAGGGCAGCAGCAGCUCCUGCAGUUGGCAGGAGCUGGGAGCACCCACCUGCAGGGGAACCAACACUGCUCCGUGCAGCAUUCUUGCUUCAUAGACAUCUCAUUCCCACUGUUGGCUCCAUGCAGAUCACCUUCCUGCACGUUCUUUUUAUGCUGGAAACCAAAUUAAGUAGAUCUUACUGAAUUCACUACAGCUGGUAGUUCUGGGAUGAAAAAAAAGACAACAGUGCUAUUUUGUUACUGAAACCCCUAUAAGUAAUCCCUGAUAUUUAUAAAAUAGUUUUGCCAGGUUUUUAAAAAUGGAUUAAUUGAUAUUUUAACUAAGGAGUGUGAGAAACAAAAAUCCAGUGUGAUCCGAUGGGGAAAACUCCAGCUACCUUCACGGCUGCUCACUUUAAGGCGUGAGUGGAGAAGCGAGCUGGUGCAGGCGGCUCUGCUGCUGUCACGGUGACUCAUGGGGACUGUCGCUCCGUCGCUGAGCUGUGAUGUUCCGCAGUUCCCGGCUGCAGGAGCCUGCAGGAAAAGGAGACUUUUCUCACAGCAGCUCAUUUAUUUCCCAAGUGACCGAAUUCACAUUACCACUGCAGAGAUCCUUUUAAUGCUUGGAAAAAUUAUGUGGUUUUUUUCAUUAUUUAUGCACAUAUAUGAACUUUGCUGUACAUCUGAGUGGGAGUUCUGCAUUCACAUUUACUGUCUAUUUUCUUGUGUGCCUUACGAGAUGGCUUUGCUGACUGUAUCUCAAUAGUCUUUAUUUCUAUGCAGGUUUGUAAACAGUACUAUUACUGUUUUCUUAAAGAAAAAGCUACAUAAGGGUUAGAGUUUGUAUUGAAAUUGCACCUAUGAAUUAAAAAACCAACACGUAAGUUCUUAGGAACUGCUCACGGGACUGUUCUGCUGUUGCCCUGUGCCCCAUCCCCUCCCACAGACUCAGCAGGAGACGGUGGCUGUGCUCUCUCCUAGCGGGGGAACCUCACGCCUCCGAAUAAAUGGGAAUCCUGAUUUUUAAUAACAGGUAACUGACUUUGGAACAUACUUUUUUAGGAAUUGUAAAAAUGUUUUAUAACGGGAAAAAGACAUAGCACAGAUAUUUCAACAGUUGAAAAAUACUUUUUUUAAACUAAGUAAAUAUAUUGAAGUUUCAAGUGAAUCCAAUCCUAGUUGGAACCCAAUGGAGCCUGAGUGACUUCAGAUUUCUAUCUAUCUUCUAUUGUGACAAAUCACCUCUCCAUCUCUGAGCUCUCACUUUAGUAUUUAAAAAUUCACAUGUAUUUAAAACCCCCAGGCAGGGAUUUGUCAGAACAACGCUUCAGCCUUCCCUUUCACUCCAAGGACACUACAGCAUCCGAACCUUGCGAAUUCCUGAGCGCACAAGAAAUACAUAGUAAAUAAGGAACAUAACAACUCCUAACAAUCGAUCGUGGGAAGAAGUUAAAUUAGAAUGUGAAAGAAAGACUUCAGUGUAAACGUUUAAAUCUUAGUAGAAACUUUCUUCACUUUGCUGUGCAAGAGAACACUGCUUUGCUAUAUUUAAAAUGGCUUUUUUAAAAGAGAUUUAUGUAUUUGGUAAAUGUUUGUAGUCAACAGUUCACAAAGAAGCUGUUCACGGUUUAAUGAUGAUAAGCCGUUUGGCGGCACAAGCUGGACUUUGUUGCCAUCCUUGAGACGAAUCUUUUAAGAAAAAAAUAAGUUAAUCUCAAUUUUUUCCCUGAAUGUGUUGUUUUUUCUUCAAUAUACAAUAAAUAUUCUAGUGAACUUUUUAUCAAAUGGUUAAGAAAAAUGCUAGAGGUUGUUGUAAAAUAUUUGUAUCCUGCAUUCACUAAAGUAAAGAUACUGGCUUUUACUGUGUA